AUGUACCACCUUGCAAAGGGCCUCUACCUCCUGGCCACCAGCAAAGAAGAGUACUCCGUCAUCCUCCUCGGCCUCGACAAUGCCGGAAAGACGACCUUCCACGAGCAGGUCAAGGCCCUCUUCCUCCCCGGUAACCCAGAGCCGAAGCUCAAGACAGUGCCGACGGUGGGGCAGAACGUAUCGACCAUUACGCUGCCGGACAUGUACCUGAAGAUCUGGGACGUGGGUGGCCAGCACUCGCUGCGCCGGCUGUGGCAGAGCUAUUACGCCUCGGCGCACGCCAUCGUCUUCAUCAUCGACUCGACCGACAUUGGCGACGGGAACCUCGAUCACGACAGCUCGGGGCGCCUCGACGAGUGCCGCCUCGUGCUCGAGGACGUGCUGCAGCACUCCGAGACCGAAGGCGUGCCCGUGCUGGUGCUCGCCAACAAGCAGGACCGCGAGGACUGCGUCGAGGUCGUGAGGAUCAAGGAGGGGCUCGUGAAGAAGGUGUUUGAGGGCGAGAAGGCGAGCAGCAUCCGCGACUCGAGGGUGCUGCCCGUCAGCGCCCUGACGGGGACCGGCGUCAAGGAGGCGGUGGAGUGGGUCAGAUCAAGAGUGAAAUGGAAUAAGGAGUCGAGACCGCCGGUGAUGCGGUAG